AUGAAGUGCAAUGACUGUAACGUGAAACGAGGCGUGGUUUUGUGCCAAGGGGAUUUACCACUUUGUGGAAAAUGCAAGGUAAAACGAUUUUCUACCACGGAUGAAGCCGAUAUGGCGGCGAAUACAGUGAAUACCAACACAACAGGUGGUUCUCCUAACAAUGGUGAUGACAAUAUGGCAACAAUACUACGUGAAAUUCGUAGUAUUAAUGAAAAGCUACAGAAAAUCAACGUAUUAGAGGGGAAAUUGGAGCAGGUAGAAAAAUCUAUGAAAUUUAUUAAUGAUGUCUAUGAAGAAAAUAAAAAGAAACUAGAGGAAAUACAAAACACUAACCAUCUACUUAUUGCUGAAAAUGGUCUAUUAAAAAGAAAGGUUUCAAGUUUGGAGCGAAAUUAUAAUGAUUUGGAUCAAUAUACGAGACGGGAAAAUAUUGUUAUUACUGGCAUCCCUGAAACAGAUAACGAGGAUACUGACGAAAUAGCUUUGAAAGUUGCUAAAAUCGCCGAUAAUAAUGUAACGAUGUCGGACAUUGAUGCUUCGCAUCGUUUUGGAAAACGUCAAGUAUCCGGUGAACAACAUCAUAAAUAUCCAUCUCCAAUUAUUGUUCGUUUUACUACAAGAAGAGUUCGUGAUUCUGUGUUCAAAAAUCGUAAAAAGCUAGCUGAUGUCAAUUCAUCAAACAUCGGGUAUCGAGCUGCAAAUGUUAUCUAUAUUAAUGAGAACUUAACACCAAUGGCGAAAUCAUUAUUGACAAAGGUAAACAUCAAAAGAAAGCAUUUUAAAUGGAAAUUUAUGUGGACACAUAAUGGUAGAAUUUUAAUAAAGAAAGACGAAUUGUCACCUGUGGUCCAUAUUGCCGAUGAAGAAAGCCUUACUAAGAUAUGCUAA